GCCACGUGACCGCGGGCCCCGCGGGAGCCGAGCGGCGCGUUCCAGUUCCGGGAGCCGGAGCCGGCCGGGCGUGCCCUGCCCCCAGCCCGCCGCGACCAUGCUGUCCCGCCUGCUGAAAGAACAUCAGGCCAAGCAGAACGAACGCAAGGAGCUGCAGGAGAAGAGGAGGCGAGAGGCUAUCACUGCAGCGACCUGCCUGACAGAAGCUUUGGUGGAUCACCUCAAUGUGGGUGUGGCCCAGGCCUACAUGAACCAGAGAAAGCUGGACCACGAGGUGAAGACCCUGCAGGUCCAGGCUGCCCAGUUUGCCAAGCAGACAGGCCAGUGGAUUGGGAUGGUGGAGAACUUCAACCAGGCGCUCAAGGAAAUCGGGGAUGUAGAGAACUGGGCUCGGAGCAUCGAGCUGGACAUGCGCACCAUCGCCACCGCGCUGGAGUACGUCUACAAAGGGCAGCUGCAGUCGGCCCCCUCCUAGCCCCGCUGCCCUCCUGUCCCCCAUUCCUCCUACCUCCCCCAGGCGGGCAGGAGGGAGGCUGGCAGGCCAUGAAUAAAACACAAUCCUCCAUGCCUC